UUGAUUUUUCGGAGCAAUAUUGUUAUGAGCGCUGAUAACAAGAUGCUUUCGCCUCACCGAUUACUCAUAGUCGGUGCAGGGCUAACAGGGUCAGUAACAGCUUCCUUGCUGCGCAGAAAGUUUCCAAAGGAUGCGUUGAAUAUCACUUUCUGGGAGAAAUCUCGCGGAGCAGGGGGGAGAAUGAAUACCAACAGAAGCGCAAGUGAUUCACGCUGUACGGUGGAUCUUGGAGCACAAUAUGUAACAGCGACACCGGAUUAUUACAGAUCUCACGAGAGUUUCUAUCAGGAACUGAUAUCAGCAAAAGUAUUGGUGCCAUUUAAUGGAAUCAUAGAAGGAGAAAACAAAAAGGAAGGAAUGAAAAACUUUACAGCACCGUCAGGGAUGAAUUCUAUAGUCAAACAUUUUCUGAAUUCUUCAGAAUCCAGCGUUUUCUAUGAAACUCAUUGCACUGCAAUAAACAGAUUUGAAAACCCAGAAAACAUCAGUCAAAGCGCAAAACUCUGGUUAGUGACCGACCUCAAGGACAACACAAGUGAAUUCGAUUCCGUUAUUGUAACGAUUCCUACACCACAACUUUUAAAUCUGAAAGGUUCCAUUCAAGAUUUCCUCGAGAGCCAACGCUCACUCCUGGAAGCCGUACAGUAUUCUUCGCGGUAUGCCGUAGCCAUGUAUUUUGAACAAGGAGUCAAAAUUGACGUGCCGUGGUGUUCCAAGUAUGUAACGGGCAGUCCGUGUGUACGGUUUUUAUCGGUGGAUUCGAGGAAAAGAUUUGGGAAAGAUCCCGAAGACAUCGGCCCAUCUCUCCUUGCACACACAAGCGUGCCAUUUGGAAUAGAACAUUUAGAGAUGGACAUGAAUGAUGUUAAAGAGAUUAUCAUAUCACACGUGAAACAAAUACUUCCCGACCUUCCAGAACCCGUGAACAGUCGCUGUUUAAGAUGGCGGUAUUCUCAAGUGUCACGCGGUGUUGAUGGUUCUCCCGGAUGCAUUGCGUUGUGUAACUCUCCGCUUCUGGUUGCUUGCGGUGAUGCGUUCUCUCAUUCGAAUUUCGAUGGUUGUAUAGACUCAGCUAUGUCUGUAGUGGACACAUUUUGCAAAAUAACAUCCGUUAGCAACCUGUAGGUUUUUGCAAGGUGGUGGAUAGGUCAUGCUUUGCGCGUGACGUGCAGAAUUUUCGUCAAAUAGUCACGUAACGUUCCUUUCUCCUUCCUCGGACAUAAGCGUAACCUGAGAAAUCAAUGACGAUUUCGAGCUGGUGCAAAGGACAUGGGAUAUUUUUUAUUACAGAACAUGAAGCCACUGUCAGAUAAGCAGAUUGACUUAAUCCUGGCGUUUAAAUCUAAGAGGGCCACGACUGUUGUAAGACAUCCAUUUAUACAUUAAAGGAGUAGGAGGAUUGAUUGGUUCCCAGUCUUCUUUAUUUCGCCGUCCGCACGAUAGCGAAAAGUGUUAUGGGUAAGGUUGGUUUUUCUCUCUCCUUCGUAUCAACCAUUUCUUUUCAAUCUCUUGAACUGACGUGCCGUGUGCUACAAAAGGCAACUGGGACGAGUCCGGAUGCAAAAGCGCAAAGUGUUUUGGGUAAUGUUGUAUACGGGAACGAGUCAGGAUAGAAAUUUGUUCUGCUUUUUAUAAGGUGUGACUAUAAAAACUAAACACUGAACAAAUUUAAGAUGUUGGCGCAUCUUUGUUGGGCUGCAAUGAAUACUGAAUGACAAUAUAUUUUAUAAAAUCAGCCUUUUAUUUCCUAAAAGUGAUGCAGAGUUAUUGUAGUUAAAAUUGAUCGCAUGCAGUGACUUGCAGCAUUGUAUUUCAUUAUUAAAGAUCCACUGUACUGUAAACAAUAUAGCAGGUUGAAAUCAGACCGCAUUGAAAUUAACCCUACACACUAACAUCAGUGUGCAAGUUCUCUAUACUGUUCUCUACACAUUUAGUUGGCACGAGAAUUGUCUAACAAUCAAGAGCUUCCUGAGAGAGCGAUCAUUUCCUUUAUUAUCAUGACCCUAAUGUCUGAAUCAAGGGUGAUAAUGUUUAAAGAAAUUAGCUGCUUAUUAAUCUUAGUGGUUACAGGAUUAAAUGAGA